AUGGGGAAAUCCCCACUGGGCACUAUAAGAAGCCCCUGGGCUCUGGGAAGAAGCCAGCAUCUUAGUCAAGAAAGCGAGAUGAAGUGUGGCCUUGCCUUCCUACUGGCCCUUUUGUUUCUCCUAGGUUCUGUCAGCGGAUCUUUCGAGCUUCUCACCACUGACUCUUCCCUGAAUGUGACCACAGUUUCAGCUUCACCUCAGGCUACAACUCCCUGGCUGGCUCCAGGGGCCACAUCCUGGACAGAAGGCGAUGCUGUGUCCCAGUCAUUUUCCAAUUUCUCUGGUUCUGUGGAUGGCCAAGGGACCUGCCAGUGCUCCAUUUCCUUGCCAGAUGCUACCUUUCCUGCCGACAGAGUGGAGCGCUUGGAAUUCACAGCUCACAUCCUUUCUCAGAAGUUUGAGAAAGAGUUUUCUAAAGUGAAGGAAUACAUCCAAUUGCUCAGUAUCUAUGAGAAGAAGCUCCUAAACCUGACUGUCCGAGUAGAGGUCAUGGAGAAGGACAGUAUUUCUUACACUGAGCUGGACUUCGAGCUGAUCAAGCUAGAGGUGAAGGAGAUGCAUAAACUGGUCACACAGCUGAAGGGGAGUUUUGUUGGAAGCACAGUAAUUAUUGACAAGCUGGAGGUGGAGAUAAGGAAUAUGACUCUCCUGGUAGAGAAGCUGGAAACACUAGACAGAAACAAUGUCCUUAGUAUUCGCCGUCAAGUCUUGGCUCUGAAGACGAAACUGAAAGAAUGUGAGGCCUCUAAGAGUGAGCUUGUUCCCACCAUGCCCCCUCCUCCUGCUCCUGGAAGCUGUAGUCAUGGCGGUGUGGUGAACAUCAGCAGUCCCUCUGUGAUUCAACUCAACUGGAGAGGGUUUUCCUAUAAAUAUGGUGCCUGGGGUCGGGAUUACUCUCCCCAGCAGCCAGAGAGAACGCUUUACUGGGUAGCACCCUUGAAUACAGAUGGGAAGUUGCUGGAAUAUUACAGACUUUACAACACACUGGAUGAUUUGCUACUCUAUUCGCAUACUCAAGAAUAUCGAAUUGCCUAUGGCCAAGGGGGUGGUACAGUAGCAUACAACAACAGCCUGUAUGUCAAUUGGUACGGCAGUGGGAACAUUGCCAAAAUUAAUUUGAACACCAACAAAGUUGAUAUAAAUCAACGUCUUCCUAGUGCUGUUUAUAAUAACCGUUUUUCAUAUGCUAAUGUGGGUUGGCAAGAUAUUGACCUUGCUGUGGAUGAGCAAGGACUGUGGGUGAUUCAUGCAACAGAAGCCAGCACUGGUAACAUAGUGAUUAGUAAACUCAAUGACACCUCCCUUGAGGUGCUAAACACUUGGGUUACCAAGCAGUACAAACCAUCUGUUUCUAAUGCCUUCAUUGUAUGUGGCGUUCUCUAUGCCACCCGCACUUUGAACACCAGAGCAGAAGAAAUUUUUUACUACUAUGACACAAACACAGGGAGGGAAGGCAAUCUAGCCAUCACAAUAAGAAAGAUGCAGGAAACAAUCCAGAGCAUUAACUAUCAUCCUUUUGACCAAAAGCUUUAUGUCUACAAUGAUGGCUAUCUUCUGACUUAUGAUCUUAUCUUCCUACAGAAGCCCCAGAGAACUGUCUGAUUAUUAGACUGAAGGGGCAAUAGACUAUUUGUUGAAAACGGUCUUCUCAUUUGUUUAGACAUAUGCAGGGGAAUCUACGAAUGUAUAUAUUUGUAGAAGUGAUAUUUAGUAGAGAAUUCUGUCACACUAGAUGCCUAGGAUAUUUGCCUCAGUUUGAUGAGUUCUCUUGGGAACUAUCUGCCUCUUUGGAUGCAUUUAGCAACUGAAAUAAUGUCCUUUCACAGUGGAGCUGUCAGAGGUUAGGGGGCACUAUGAUUCUAAUGAAAUGUAUAGUCUAGUGACAUGUUGAAAUUAAAGAACUUUUUUUACAUUUUAUAAUUUUUAAAAAAUUUUAUUUUUAUUGAAUUUUUGUGAAUAUCAUACAGAACA